AGUUUGGCGUGCGUUGUCCGAAUCCUCCGUUCACCCAUACCUAAGCUAAGUAACAACCUACCGGGUCGCGUCUGUCUGUGGUCCGUGAUGCUUGCUCUACGGCGUUCCAUUGCUCUGCGCUCCAUUGCUAGAAGAGGGCUCUCCUCUUCGUCUGUCAAACGCUCAGAUGCACUGUUCGUGCAUCGGGACACGAAAUACAACAACCCUUCUAUUCCUUUCGAGUUCAGCAAGGAGAACCUGACCAAGGCUGAGGAAAUCAUCGCCCACUACCCUCCCCAGUACAGGAAGGCUGCUGUCAUUCCUCUUCUUGACCUUGGUCAACGCCAGAACAAGGGAUGGACAAGUAUUAGUGUCAUGAACUACGUUGCGAAGCUACUCGGGAUGCCGCCUAUGCGUGUUUACGAGGUGGCCACCUUUUACACCAUGUUCAACCGCGAGCCCAUCGGUGACAACUUCGUUCAAGUUUGCACCACCACACCUUGCAUGCUUCGUGGCUCAACCGAAAUACUGGACACGGUUUGCAGUCAUCUCGGCGACAUUAAGCCGGGUGAAACUACGAAGGAUGGCAAAUUCACCGUUAUUGAAGUGGAAUGUCAGGGAGCUUGCAGUAAUGCUCCCAUGAUGGUCGUCAACGAUGAUUUCUAUGAGGACUUGACCGCCGCCUCUACCAAGAAGGUUCUGGAUGCAUUUGCGCAAGGACAAAAGCCAAAGCCUGGCCCUCAAAGUGGCAGACAUACUAGUGAAAAUUCUGCAGGUCUAACGGCUCUAACAUCAAAACCGUAUGGUCCUGGGGAAUUCUGCACGCCCGAGUUCCAAUAGACUAGACAGACUGUAUCUCAUCACUACUCUAUAGGGACUUUUUCUAGAGAACCUACAGAGUUCGUUAAUCGUCGCCUUCUCCAUCAUCAUAAC